AUGACAAGAUUCAGAGAAUCAGAGAAAUCUCUGCACAAAGGCAGCAAAGCCCAAACACGUGCCAUGUAUGUCGAGGCUGUUCUGCUGGAUCUGUUUCGCAGUAUGCUGUUGGAGACUUUACUUGAAUACAAAGGUGAGAGCAAAGGAGGGGCUGAAUCUUUAUUCUGACCCAAUCUAGCGUUCAAUCGAGGCUUUGUGUGUCGAAAUCAAUGAGCAUGCACCAAAGGAGAGGCUGCAGACUGCUACUGUAACAUAAAUACUGAUUAAAGCUGGAAUAAAUUAAUCCAAACACAACAUAUAAGCUUAGAUUGGAUUAGUACUUUUACUUUUAAUAAAUGAAACCCCUUUGACUAUAGUUUAUUUCCAGAGCCGGUGUCUGCCUGGACAAACCGAUUUUAAAUCACCAGCCCACUCUGGAUGGUUCCUGUAUAAUAACAGCAGUAAAGUGCUGCUUUCUGCAUCCAGCCCACAAAUCUGUCACAUUUGUACAAUCUGAGUGCCUGACGCCAUCAAGCCUCAAAUUGCCUCUCGGGGAGCAAACAACUUCAAAUCACACAUAUUCAGUUGUUGAGGAAGCGUGAAUGUUCCUCUCAAAGCUCAUGUUUUACUUUGAGUUUCAGCUUUUCCAGUGAUUUUAUGAUCAUCACGGUGCCAUCAAGCGAACGUGUCGGUGAUUGCCGAGCUCUCAGGAAGAAUAAAAACAUGCUCUGGAUGGGAAGUUCAGCCCGGAGUCAAAGAGGCGGUCUGGCUCUGCGGCAAAACAUCACAUCACAAAAGGAUGAAAAAAAGAGAGACAGAGUGUCGACUUUAAUGACUGACCAACAAAUCAGUAUCUGCAGCUCACCUCGAUCUCCAAACCGGUCUUUAUCUUCUGUCUUAUCUUAUUGCAAUAGGUGGGAAAUGUUGUGCAGCAAGGGAAUGUUUUCACCUCAACGAUGUGUAGGAUGAAGGAAAAAUUAUCCGACUGAGGGUGUGAGCGAUUUCAGCAAGGACAAAAAUGUGACGGCUUAACAUCCAGGUCAGAAUACCUCCAGAACUGCAGCUCUGUGCAUGUGAUACGUUAAAGCUGGACCAUGUGAGCUCACCUGAGAGAAGAGCUUCAACAUGCAGAGAAAAUAAGACUGGUUCAGACAAAAACCUGCAUCAGACCAGUAACGGAAAAGGAGAGGGUUUCCACCAUGUCAUUUCAGCCUGUUGAUACCAAACAUGGCCGAGCUUCCACAGCAAGGAUUUGUUGUGUUUGCACAUCUUAGCAGAAAAUCCGACCUUCUCACUCAGUCCCCUCCAGGGAAGCACCUUUUUUAAUCCGUGUUUUGAUACUGAAAACAAGUUGUAUCCAAAAACACAGGUAGCCUCAGACCAUCAUGAUUGGUCACCAGGAGAUCAGAACACUAAUUUGUUCGUGCUGCAUGAUGAUUCGCUCCACUUAAGAUUUUUUAACUUGCAAGACACCAUGGAUGAGGAGAUGCUGAUUCUAGAAGUAGAUUUCCUCCUCUGGAAGGACACAAUCUACUGCUUAUAUGUCUAUGUGGCUGUCUUUAUAGAGACAACUCGUUAUCGUGGGAUUGCACGUGAAUCCAAGGGGUCUUGUGAGUUUUCACGAUUCCCGCUUUCCAUAAUCUGCCUCGAAAUUCGCCUCACAAAUAGAUCAGGUAGGAAUUAGUGAACGGCAAAAAUCACUGCCGUUCCGGAUGCGGUGGAUCUGAGAAGCAUGAAUUCUGAGAGCUGUGCAGACCUGAAAUCCUGAGGCCGCUUCAUGAACUGCAUCUCUGUACUUCGUCAAACUCCAUCAGCCAGAUUGAGAAGUUCUGCAGCGAUCCAGAGGAACCUACAGCAUGACGGACUCUCUUCCUUCAUUCUGCAUUCAACAUCCCUUUGCAGAUUUUACAUUUUAUUCCAAAGACAUUAGUGAAGCAUUUUCCAUUAUCAGUUAUUUCCUUUAACAAUCCGACUGACUUUACAUCUGAGCACAAGAACAAGAUGUUCUUUUCCCAAAUGACACUUCCUUUUAAAAAAUGCAAUUACAACUGCGAUUAGCUUCUGAUGUUGGAUUGUGUCCAUAGUUGGAGCUAAAAGUCAUCAGAAAGGGCUUUGAAAUGUCAAAUCCUAAUCAUAUAGAGAGCAGAAUCUCAUUAAUAAGACAAUUUAGCUGAUAAAACGGGGAGAGUGGACAGCUUAACAACGUCUAAUUAACAAGGACUGCAGGAGCCGACAUUCAGACCUUUAGCAUCAGAGAGGAGAAAUUACAUCAGGGAGGAGGCUGUGGGUCUGCAGCUGCACGGUUAGAGAAACAGCUGAGAGGAGGCGAAAGUUUUAAUAGGAUCGCAGUGUAUACGACUUACUCUGCAUUUGGAAUAUUAACAUGUUUUCAUCUUAUCCAGCUGAAAUUAUCUCCAAAUGUUUGUCCGACAAAGAAACUCUGAAAAAAGGAUGUAGCUCCUGUUCUGCAAAUUUAACAGAACAAAACUCCCUCUCUAAUGGUUGUCUUGUUCGAUUUUAAAGAGGGUUUAAAGGCUUAAUGAACAAUUUCCUUCCUCGUUUAGGACACCCAACCAGAAUGAAUGAACCAAUCGCAGCAGCAUGCAAAUGGAAUAAAUUCAUUAGGCUUCAAAAUCAGGCGGAUUGUUACACACUUUACCUAUCCUCUCUUAUCUCUCCAUUAGGACUAUACAUCAAUCAAAGCGCAGUGCAGCGUACAUACUGAUAAAUCGGCUUAACUGGGUGUGUAUUUUUUCUGCUGGCUCAAGUUUUAAGGGCUGGAAACAUCAGUCUCCAGCUCAGGCUUCAUCCUCAGACAUUCACUUAUAAAGUUCCCGUGUAGCAGCGAGCUGACAGAGCUGUCGAUACAGAGCAGAGCACAUAAGUGAAAACAGCAGAGCAGGUUGUAAUCUCACAUAAACCUAUCACUGUGUGGUACAAAGUGGCUCAGCUGACUUCACUGACAGUGGAGCAGAGCAGCCAACAGACUGGGGUUGUCUGGCGUGACACUAUCAGUUAUUAUCAGCCUUAUUUACCGCCGCUGCUGCUGCUGCUGCUGCUGCUGCUACAGUGAGUUUGAUGUUUCUGGUCAUUUAGAGACAGUGUGGAGGGUCUGCUGUGGGCCUGCGGCGACUCUUCAACUGCAAUUUCACAUCCUACGUUUGAUCAUGAUUCAGUGACUUUUGUGUCUCAAUCAUUGGGGUUCAUUUUUCUCAGCCUCAGAUCUGUUUAAAAGAAGUUUACACAGCUGACACCUGAUAAAGUUAGCAGCUAACAGUCCUUAUGAGGCUUUUCUGUGACGGUUAAAAUAUCUAUAAAUAAAUAUCUUUAUAUGUUUAUAUAAUCUGGUGUGUGGUCUGGUGACUGUAGGUGGUGUUUUAUUUUGAAAUUCACCAUACAGUUUGUGUUGUUUGUGUCAAAUUUUACUUCCUGUACAGAUAGGUCUGCUUUGUUUCGAGAAAGAAAAGAAAAGAAGUAAGAAAGGAAAAGGGAAGGAAGGAAGGAAGUAAAGAAGGAAGAAAGGAACAAAGAAAGGAGAUAGGAAGUACAAAAGGAAUGAAAAUGAAAGAAAGAAAUCAAGGAAAGAAGUAGAAACGAAUCAAGGAGGAGAGGAAGGAAAAAUUAGGAAGGAAUAAAAAAAGGAAGAAUGAAAGAAUGAAAAAAAGAAAGAAAGGAGAAAAUAAAGGAAAGAAAGAAAAGGGAAGGAAAUAAAGAACAAAAUAAAGAAAAAACUGAAGGAAGGAAUCAAGGAAAAAAGGAGAAAGGAAUCAAGAGUGAAAGGGAGGAAGAAAUCAAGGAGGAAAGAAAGGAAGAAAAUAAGGAAAGAAUGAGAAAGAAAGAAAGAAAGAAAGAAAGAAAGAAAGAAAGAAAGAAAGAAAGAAAAAGAGGAAAAAAGAAAGGAAAGAAAGGAAGGAGGGAAGGAAAUAAAUAACCAAAGAAAGAAAAAAACUGAAGGAAGAAAUCGAGGAAAAAAGGAACAUAGGAAGAAAGUAAGGAAUAAAAUAAGAAGGGAAUAAAAAAGAAAGAAAGAAAGAAAGAAAGAAAGGAAUCAAGGAAAGACUGAAAGAAAUAAAAAAAAGGAAGAACUCUAAUCUGUGAAUCUGUUAAUCUGGUCUUUACUGACAGACGACUCUGACGCUGAUCAGAUUACAGUAAAAAUGAAGGACAGAGGAGAAUCUUGGCGAAGAGGAGGACCCGCUGAAACCCGCCCUGUCAGAGUCUAAAUCAGAGAAGCGGAUCCCUCGCCACAUUCUUGACUCUGUCAUCCUCCAUCUUGACUUUGUCAGCAGAGUCCACGCCGGAUUAUGAAAACCUUACUCAAACAAAGUCCCUGUUUUCAGCCUCCUCGUGAUCUUUUACCUGGAUUUCCCUGCAGCUAGUUUUUAUUCCUCUCUUGUCAAUGACUAUCUGCCACAACCAUCUCCUCCCUCAGGCCCUCCUCCUCACCUCUCCAGGUGAUCCAUCACCACUCUGCACCAUCUCCCACCUCCAUCUCCCUCUUCGCCAAACCACCUCUUGCCUUCACUGUACCUGCUCGACUAUCGUAAUGAAAUCUAAAUUACAGGCUGUGUCCUGGGUGCUCAUCCAUCCAGGUUAAAGCUGCCUGCCUCUCUGCUGCAGCCCUAACGUCCCAUUCGGAGAACUCUCGACAGCAGGAGAGGAGCUAUUUGGCUGCUUGACAUUUAAUAAAUACAUAGCAGGCUGUGAAAGAAGAAAAGGAUGGAGGGGAGGAGGAGGAGGAGGAGGAGGAGGAGGUGAGCCACAUCACUUAUUCUUCAUACAGGAGCUGAGAAACUGAUGGCUGCAGGCGCUGUACAGAGAGAGAGAGAGAGUGUGUUUGUGAUCGAGUUACCCGUAAAAGGAAAGCAGAAUGUGUGACCUCUGACCUCACCUGUUCUUGACUCAGUGUUUACAGGAAACUCAGCGGGUAACGCUCGGAGAGUCCUGGUGUGCAGCAACCAUUUAUUGAUUGGAUCUUUGUGUUGUUUUGAUCAGAGAGGGAGGAGAGGUGUCUAUCAGAGGGUGUUUGUGAUAUAACUCACACCGCAGGAGACAAACCGAUGCCUUUAGAAACGUCUAAGUCACAGACUAAACUUUACAGUCUGACAGUGUGAGUCUCUUUGUGGAAAUCUGGCAAAUUAGUUACUUCAAAACAGCCUCUGAUUGGUCAAGAGAAGAAAGACGAUAGAAGAAAACUAAGCUGGCGAAAGAAGGUUUACAUCGUCAGCAUUAAUCGCACAGAUAACCUUCAUUUUUGAUGAUUGGAUAGAAAGUCUCUAUUACUGGUCUUAUGGGGGAUUUUAAUGAAAACUGGUGUGUUGUACUGGUCUUAUUUAAAGAUUAUAUUUAAGCUAAACCAAGACUUGACAUUAAUUUUUUUCACAUGUUCUCCUAAGUUUAAAAUGUUAGGAGCACACAAAGAACUUUAGGAGCACAAUAAAAAUUGAUCAAAUAAUGUUUGUCUUAUUGGUCGACAUAAGUAUCAUUAUAUGAAAUCAGUUUAAGGUCAAUUGGUCAUGUGACAUGGAAGCUAAUGAAGGAAAACAGCGAACACCAACAGGUAAUUUAUUGAUGGUCCCUUAUUCAACACCUGACAUUGACAGCGAGGGUGCGGAGUAGAUUUAACCGCGCUGCUGUUGCUAUUCCUGGUUAUGGAGAGUGAGAAGACACCGGUAAAUCCUCAGAGAAUGUCCGUCGAAUAUCCAACCUAAAACUAACUUCACCGCCGUAUUUACAUGAAAACACAUUUAUUGCCUCGGCUAACUUUUUUAUGCGCACAUGUGACCCUAAAUAAAUUUUAUAAUUCGCACACGUCCAUUGUUAGUUGCAAAUGCGAGUGAGACGGUCCCACUGUCGAGCCCUAUAAGCAAUAUUAUAUUGUAUACAACAGUUUUGCUUGUACCACUCCUGUCUUCUGACUCCACGGUCGUGUUUGCACUGACCCCUCUCAGGAAGUUUCACUUUAUUGUUUUGCAAAGCAUGAAACUUAAACCCUUCAACAAAAAAGCUGCUGAGCAUAAAAGCUUCCAUCUCUAGUACAGCAACUACAAAUUUCACUACAUCUGUUAAAUAGUUGCUAAUUUUGCUGUUAAUAGCUCUAUGUUUUGACCUUUAAUCAUCCUGGUUUGGUUGUAUGAGAGUUUCUUCAGUAUUUCAGAGGGUCCAGUCAACGUGAAAGUAAUAAGCAUUGGUGCUACUGUAGAUGCCAAUGGACUACCAGCAAACACAAUCCGGUCUACCUCCUUUUUCAGCGCCCGUUAUUCCUCCAGAGUCUCUGGUAUUUACUUUGUUUUCUUGCCUGUGUUGGCGGUCACGGUCAAAGGAGGAUUCAGACAAUUUUCUGGUUGGUUUCUACGGUUCGAUAUUGUAGCACGCUAACUUUGUUUGGACUCGUGAACGACACGGGGGAGCAGCGUCUGCCUCACAACCAAUCAGGUUGGGGAGGUGGAGAACAGCUUUGUUUACAGUCAGAAAGAGCGGACCGCUCAAAAAAUAAAAAAUGUUGAAUACAGACGUAACAAAAAACAGCGAUAUCGUUAUAUUCCCAAAUAUCAUCAAUAACUAAAAACUAUUGACUGAUAUUAAAAGCUUUUUUGUAAAUACACCACAAAUAAAGAUGCUUCUUUAACAGAUUCCUGCCUACUCCACCUUGAACCAUAAAGCCAGCAGACAUGAAAAAGUCAAUGAUCUGCAGAAAAAAGGACUCAGUAAAUCUGAAUUAGACCGUUUUCUCUGUUCACUUCUCUACACGUUCGUAGUUCGAGCUUGCUCCGCAGAGAUUAACUUUCAUGAUUCUGCGCCGUAUAUGAAAUACUUCUUCACUUCUCUAUAUGUUCUGUUACUAUAAAGAAAACGUCAGCUACAUCUCGCAGGCUGCUUUGGGCUCUCUGGGAUUUCUCCACAUACAAGAAGACAGCUCCACAGAAACACACAAACAUGUUGUACGCCACAGCACAAUUUUAAAGUUUCACUUUUACUCAAAGAAGAGUGAACAUCAUCCUGUAUUGAUUACACUUCCUGGAUGCGUACUGCCUCAUUAUCUCAUGCUGUGCAGCUGAAAAACAAACAUGUUGCACACACGUUUGUUCGUUUGAAGACGAUAGAGCGCUCUCCUCGGAUCACAGUCAGCUCUCUUAGAUAAGUACGUGUUUUUGUGCAGGCUGAUGAUCCGCAUUGUUACCGCUAAAGUUCUGUAAAGUGUGUCGUAUUUGUGAAAUCACAGUUUGGUUUUUGAUUGUGCAGAGUCGAGCGAGGAGAGUGGAGCUGCUGGAACAAUACGCUGGUUUACCUCCGAGCAUCUUUCUCCUGUUAAGUAUGUGGAAAACAAUGUAAAGCAUCAAGGUCUCCCACAGUGAUCGGACUCUGGGUCUGAAAGAAAUCUAUCAAAAUACCUUUCAUGGUAAACUAAACUGAUCUCAAACACUGAAAAAACAAAACACGAUUCUUACAAACUCAAAGACAAAGCCUCUGAACCUGCCGUCUCUUACUUCAUCUCAAGGUCAUGUGAUUGAGUCUGUACGUUCUCACAGAGACCUCGGAUUCCUGGUUGAUGAUUUGUCUUUAUAAACAAAAGCUUGUAAAGCAGCUGAAUCUGCGGCUUUGUCAGGAAUUAUCAUGUUUUUCCUUUUGCUGCAAAGAAAAGACAUUUUGAAGCUUCUUUUGUUCCCCUUAUUGAUCACAGUGAUGUUUUCUACAUGCGUGUGUUAUGGGUCCGAGGCACGACGACAACAAUAACAAAACAGACGAGAUCUGUAGAGUAAAGGUAGAGGCAGAUUACAUCUCUUUACUUUCAGUGCAUUUCCUCGUCCUGUAAAAACAUAAAGCUCUAAAAACCUUAAAAAUAAAGUUCUUUUGAACAUUCUUCUGUAACUACCUAAAACACUUUCAGUGGACGUACAAACUUAACUUACAGACUACAUAUGGCAAGUGCUAAGAAUCGAUCACAUGUGGACUUUGCACCUUAGACUGUAUAUAAACAGGACUCUCAAGUCUCAUGGUAGGACUCAACUGAGUUCCCCUGAGAGUUCAGAAACUGCGUGUCACACACAAGUCAAUCAAAUGAAGUUUAUCUACCGAACAGUCAUCAAAAAGUAUCUUUGCUGUAUUUUGAUAUCCUGCAGUUUGGCUACAAAAGUAGACGGACACUCGCCGAAUGAAGCAGGUUUCAUAAGGAGAUUAUUUACAGUAAGAUUAUUACAGUAUCCCGAUGAUUACAGUAAGUCAGUCACCUCCAAAUUUUACUCCAAGCUGAGUUCAAAACUUAAGAGCCGUGUAUUAAUUAGCUUAUCAUGACUGUUUAAACCAAAUAAACCCGACAAAUAGCACAUUCUGGAACCAUCAAACACAUUAAGUCACAUCAGCAGCCUUAUGAUCGGAUCAAUAAACUAAGUGAAUGAAAACUAUCACAGAGGGUAACUGUGAGAGAGUACAGUAUAUAUUUAGCGUGAACUGGCGAACCCUCGUGAUAACACAGCGCAAUCGCAGCUGGCUUUACCGCCAUUUAGCUUACUCUAAAGUUACGAAAUUCAUCCCAACAUUACUAUCUGUCACUUACAGAAGUGACAAGAAACUGAAAGCUUUCAUUUAUAGCGACUUCGGUUUGGUAGAAUAAAGGUCGAGUCUCAAAGCAAGAAGAAACAGGAGCGCUUGUAACUGUCUGUGUCUGAAAUGGAUCCCUAACCCCUAUAUAGGCGACUAUAUGGGGGUUAGCGCCAUUUGAGGGCUGUCCGAAACCUGAGUGAUCAGUUCCAAUGUUCCAAAUAGGCCAUUCAAAAUUUCCCAUAGAGCAUUGCAAAAUGUAGUGACCAUCCGAUGGUCACUCACCGGUGGUGGACAUCCUGUCAUGCCACCAGGGUGCGCGACGAGAGUGACAAAGGUUGAUAUAUUCACACAGGACUACGUCUCAUAAAUGUUAAAUAAUACUUGCCUCAAUUAUCAGAGCAUAUUUACAAAAGACAAAGUGCUUAUUAAACAAAAUUACGCCAAUUAUUCAAUAUAACAAAAACAAAUGUGGUGUCACAUAUUCAGGUGCACCACACGUGUCUGAACUCAAAGCUUUAUUGGAACAUGCUGUGCUGCUGUCUUGGCGAGAACACUCUUAAAAAAAGAGUGGCUUUUCUGGUAAAAUAAAUAACAAAAUAAAGGAUUUGGAUUCAUGAGAGACGCACUAACAGUGUCUGAAAUGCUUCAGCAGAGACUAAACAGAGAAUAACGAUCGAUUCCUAUGAAGUGGGAUCUGUUUUGUAUUUUUUAUUAAUGUCCUAAAUUCAGCAGGAUUGGAGGCUGUAAAGGUCAAAAUGUUUUUCUCUCCUAUUGUUCACUUUCUCUGCUGUUUUUCAGCGUUUUUCCCGAACGCCACAGGAGUGCUUUCACCUGACAAGCACAGCGAGUGCAGGUAUAAUAGUCGGUUUGUGCCGAACAUUUGAGGGAUGGUGCUCCUUUUUGUAGGGCACAAACACUUCAAAAUAAAGGUUUUCUGUCCACCUGCGCUCAAACCUUGCAAACACAAAACUCUGUGUAUGAGCUGCAUGUUUAAUAGUUUUAUUUUUAUAUCUAAAAAGUAGGCUUCGUCUUCUCAUCAUGAUCAUGUUUUUACACAGCAGAUCCAUGUUAGCAUCUGCAGAGUCUGAGCACACUUUGAUUCCUCCUAAAUCCUUCAUACACACCUUUCCUUAACCCCGGGAUGUUUACAAUCAGAGUUCAGGAAAAGAGGAUAAUAAAGGACUUACGGGGUCAUCUUUUGGACUCGAGCUGCCAGGUCUUGUUUUCUCUCCCGAGUCUCAGUUGCUGUUUGGCACCCCGCUCUCAUGUUCUGCUACAGACAUGUCUGGCAUGAUAUUGUGAGUUCUUGAGUACCAUGAAAGGACAAAGAUGUCAUUUGAUUAAGCCGAUGUCUCUGAAUGCAGAAUACAAAUCCCGAGAAAGGUGCCCUUGCCCUGAAAGGCACAGCGUGGCUUUGCUUUCUCCAGAGACCGAUGCUCUUGACAUUUUAACCACUCAGUACCACAACAUGGAGGACAAACAGGAGCACGCAGGGACUCUUCCCUCGCCCAUGCACUUACCCCCCUAA